AUGGCCACCGCCGACCCAAUCCCGAACGGAACUUUACAAUUCCAACCACCAGUCGACCCAAUUUCGGACGCCGUCAACGCUCCGACCACCGAGGAAACAGAUUCCGAAGAGAAGAAAUGGCCGGGGUGGCCCGGUCAUUGCGUUUUCCGGCUGAUUGUUCCGGUUCUUAAAGUCGGGAUCAUAAUAGGCCGUAAAGGGGAGCUUAUCAAGAAGACUUGUGAAGAGACUCGUGCUCGGAUUCGUGUUCUCGAUGCUCCACUUGGUACUCCUGAUCGAAUUGUGCUUAUAUCGGGGAAGGAAGAUUUGGACGCGCCUCUUUCUCCUGCAAUGGAUGCUGUAAUAAAGAUUUUUAAACGUGUCUCCGGAUUAAGUGAAACUGAUGACAAUAAUGCAACAUCAGGAGCUGCAUUUUGCUCCAUCCGUUUAUUGGUGGCCUCAACGCAAGCUAUCAAUUUGAUAGGAAAGCAGGGUUCGUCGAUUAAAACUAUACAAGAAAAUACCGGUGCUUCUGUUAGAGUAUUGGCGGGAGAGGAGCUUCCAUCGUAUGUUGGUGCCGAUGAAAGGAUUGUAGAACUGCAGGGCGAAACCUUAAAGGUCCUUAAAGGUCUGGAAGCAGUAGUCGGGCACCUGAGGAAGUUUUUGGUUGAUCAUAGUGUUCUUCCCCUAUAUGAGAAAACUUGCAAUGCAACAAUCUCCCAAGACCGCCAGACAGAUUCCUGGGCAGAGAAACCCUCACUGCGUAGUGCUUCGCAACCUAGCAUUGUUGCUGAUAUUCCUCCAACAAAAAGGGAUUAUUUCUUUGCUGACCGUGAAAGUCAAUUCGAUUCAUUGCUCUCUUCCUCAACAAUGUCGCAAUAUGGACAAGAUUCUUCAAUCUCUGGUCUUCGUUCUUCGGCAUUUAAUCGUGCUAGUGCUUCCAUUGUUACUACAGUAAUACAAACAAUGCAAAUACCACUUUCCUAUGCAGAGGACAUAAUUGGUGUUCAAGGGACUAAUAUCGAUUACAUUCGCCGUACUAGUGGUGCCAUAUUGACUGUGCAGGAGAGCAGAGUGCCAGAUGAAAUCAUUGUGGAAAUAAAAGGCACCUCCUCUGAAGUUCAAACAGCACAACAAUUGAUUCAGGAAGUCAUAGCUAAUCACAACGAAACUAUCGCUAGUAGUUAUGGCAGGUUAGAUUCAGGGCUGAGGUCUUCUUACUCUCAGUUGAGCAACUCUUCCUAUCCCUCAUCUUCGUUGCCAUCAUCGCAAUCCUACAAUGGGUAUGGAUCUUCCGGUCUAGGAGACUAUAGUACUUUCAGACUUUAA